AUGGUACCACGAAUUAUAAUAUCACCACGUUUACGUAGUGCAUUUAAAGCAUGUAUUGCUGGAGGUUUCGUAUUUGUUGGUGCAAAUAUUUAUUUCGGUAGUGAACGUUUCUAUGAAGAUAUAAUUAUGCCAACAUUAAGAUUUAUUGAUCCUGAAACAGUACAUCGUUUAUCAAUACAAAUGGCAAAACAUGGAUUUGUUCCUCGAAUGAAAUCUAUUGAUGAUCCAAUUCUACAUACAACUGUUUGGAAUCAUGAAUUUAAGAAUCCAAUUGGUCUUGCAGCUGGUUUUGAUAAGAGUGGUGAAGCAAUUGAUGGUUUAACUAAAUUUGGAUUUGGUUUUAUCGAAAUCGGAACAAUCACACCUAAACCACAACCUGGUAAUGAAAAACCUCGAGUAUUUCGUCUUACAGAAGAUCGAGCAGUAAUAAAUCGUUAUGGAUUUAAUAAUGAUGGUUAUGAAGCAGUUCGUGCUCGUCUUAUCGAUUAUCGUCAACAUGCAGAUACUAGUAAAAAUAGUAAGUAUUUCAAAUUCAUUCAUUAUUUUCUAUACGUAUAUAUAUAUAUAUAUCAGAAAAAUGAAAAUAUUAAGGAAAAUAUCCGAGAGAAUGUUCAAGUGUUGCU